UGAGCGCAGCGUGUCAUUUUUUCAAUUAACUGAUUAUUGUUGCCAUUAAGAAUCCCUUUCCUAAUAUUGAGUUGCACCCCCUUUUGCCAUCAGAACAGCCUCAAUCCAUAGGGGCGUGGCCUUUUCAAGGUGUCGAAAGCGUUCCACAGGGAUCCUGGCCCAUGUUUACUUCAAUGCUUAUUCCCACAGUUGUGUCAAGUUAGCUGGGUGUCCUUUGGGUGGUGGACCAUUCUUGAUACACACGGGAAACUGUUGAGCGUGGAAAAACCCAGCAGCGUUGCAGUUCUAGACACACUCAACCCGGUGCGCCUGGCGCCAUGUUGCCCAUUCACCCUCUGAAUGGCACACAUACACAAUCCAUGUCUCUAUUGUCUCAAGGUUUAAAAAUCCUUCAUUAACCUGUCUUCUCCCCUUCAUCUACAUUGAUUGAAGAGGAUUUAACAGGUGACAUCAAUAAGGGAUCAUAGUUUUCACCUGGUAAGUCUAUGUCAUGGAAAGAGUACGUGUUCCUAAUGUUUUGUACACGCAGUGUAUACCAUGACCACCACAUCCUAGAUAAUAUAAAGGCUAAAGGCCUAAAACACAGGGCUGAGGCAGAUGCAUGUGUAGUAAUAGCCCUUCCAUAGUGUCUGGAGUGUCCCAUGGGUAUUCCUAAUGUUUUUUACAGUGUAUUUGAUGCAAGUGAAGUAUGGUUUGUCUAAAUCAAUUGGCCACAUCCACAUCAGUUGUGCACAGUGCGCGGUAAAUAAUAUUUUAGUGCUGGGGGACAUGUUCUCAAUUACGUCUUUGAAUGACUUAAUUAUGCUCAGGAGAUUAGUAAGUACAUCCAUACUACACUCUCUCCAUCCAUUUUACUCCCUAAUCUUGUUAAAUAUUUCCAUGCGGGAUCACGCGUUCAUUAGAGUUUGUGUCAGUCUGAGAAUCAUGCGGUUGGCUUUCGCUAUGAGAAAGGAGGAGUUAGAGAGGCGGUGGACCCUUUUAAGAACACACUGUCACUUUGUGCGCCUGAGAGCUCAGUUGGAUAGGCCUCAGUUCACACAUUAAGAUUGCUUGGAGCCUACUUGGACGUACAAAUGGUAGAAGAUUUUCUCUCAUGCGAUCCAGCACCAAGUAGCUGUAUUCAGACUCAGACUAGGAUUCUCAUCACUUGGAAGUACCAUAUAUGGGCUAUGUGCAAAAUACAGUUGGAUAAACCUUUGAAUCUAAACAGUUACUUGGGAAAGAGACGAUUUCACAUGGAUGAUUCUCCACUGUGAGCAUCUGGGCUCUUCACUCUGUGUUAAAGUUCGUUCUGGAGACCUCCGUUUGUGGGAAAAUAUCACUCCAAUUUCAGGGUUGCGACAUAAACGUGACCUAAACUACCUUCACCUCACACAUUCUGUGCUCUUUUUUUCCUGCGGUCACAGUCCAGUUGAAUAGGAUAUGAUGUCUAUAGAAUAACUUGUUAAUUCUGUUACACUAUAGAGACCACAAAGAAAAUAUUUCAAGGCAUUUUAUUUCCACCUCAUUCAGGAGCCUAUUACAGCAAAGAGUAGCAGACAUGGCGGACAACACGUCUCAACAUAACUUCAUCAUGCACCACCACAUGGAGCUGAGCACCCUCACCGUGUACAGUGAGAACAGCACCAACAACACCGGCGCCAGGGAGCAGAACUCUACGACCUGCUCGCUCCGCAUUCCACAGGAGCUGUUCCUGACGCUGGGCCUCAUUAGUCUGGUGGAGAACAUUUUAGUGGUGCUGGCCAUCAUCAAGAACCGCAAUCUGCACUCGCCCAUGUACUACUUCAUAUGUUGCCUGGCCGUCUCCGACAUGCUGGUCAGCGUCGCCAACGUGGUGGAGACCAUAGUCAUGUUGCUCACCGAACACGGGCUGCUAGUUGUCACACCUGAAAUGCUGCGGCACCUGGACAACGUCAUCGACAUCAUGAACUGCAGCUCGGUGGUGUCGUCGCUGUCCUUCCUGUGCACCAUCGCCGCCGAUCGAUACAUCACCAUAUUUUACGCGCUGCGUUACCACAGCAUUAUGACCACGCAGCGCGCCGUGACCAUCAUCGCGAUGGUGUGGCUGACCAGCAUCACCGCCAGCAUACUUUUUAUUGUCUACCACUCGCACACCGCCGUCAUUGUAUGCCUCGUCACCUUCUUCUGCAUCACUCUCGUCUUCACCGCUGUGCUCUACAUGCACAUGUUCAUCCUGGCGCACGUGCACUCGCGGCGCAUCAUGGCCAUCUACAAGUCUCGCCGCCAGGGCACGAGCAUGAAGGGCGCCAUCACGCUCACUAUCCUGCUAGGGGUCUUCAUCCUCUGCUGGGGACCCUUCUUCCUCCACCUUAUUCUCAUCCUCACCUGCCCCACGAACCCAUUCUGCACCUGCUUUUUCAGCUACUUCAACCUCUUUCUCAUCCUCAUCAUCUGUAACUCGCUCAUCGACCCUCUCAUCUACGCCUAUAGGAGCCAGGAGCUGCGCAAGACACUCAAGGAGCUGCUCUUCUGCUCCUGCGUCACCUUUCGAUGCGAUUCCAUACUUGAGUGUCUAUUUCCAUGGAAGUUCACGUGACUGCAGGAUUUGUUCAGGAAUAAAAUAUUAUUUGAUAUUUGCGGCACUAUUAGGCGUAUGCCUGCCGUUGUUGUUGAAUUAACUGAAAUACAUGGUGAAUGAGACCUCAGGUUGGAUUGCGCACAACGGCAGAGCCACGAAUGGGACCUUUUACUAACCCCUGGCCUCUUCCAUGUUGCAGGCCAAGCCAUACAUAUGUGCUAUUCUUGCGUGUCGAAUAAAUACUUGAAUCAUAAUCUGAAGCAUUUAUAUCUAAUUAUACACAGCAAAUGUGUGAUCGGAAUUGUAACACCCACAGUGUUAAAUGUACCACUUUCUUGGAAAUCAUAUGUUAACAUCUCAAAUAGCCUAGUGUUAAACUAACUAGCAAAUUCCCACUUAAAUUAACACUUUAUAAGAGCUGAUGCUGUUACACUUUCUCAGUGUUAGCGAAUUAACACCUGUGGUGUUACAGUAACUCAUUUUGGAGUGUUAUUUUAACACUUUAGGGUGUAAAAACUGCACAUUUAUUUCCCAGUGUUACUAUUUUGUCUGUGUAUUUGUUAGUGACAGAAAUUAUUGUUGCAUUCGAUGGCUUUUAGUUUUCUAGCCUUCACCUAGUGAGUGACUAAGUGAAUAUUUGAUCAUAAAAAUUGUAUUAUUUAUGUUAAUACUUAUACAUUACUUUUAAAUGAUGUUGAAUCAACAUGGAGUAAACAUUGAUUUGAAGUCUGUGCCCAGGACAGGCCACAUUAGCAAGUCACAUUAUUCUGUCUUUCAAAGUGUUGUAUAAUUCCUAUUGGAAUCUAGUCAGUUUGCAUAUCCAACAACUACAACUGCAGUUAGAAUGACUGCCAAGGUAGGGAAGAUUGAUAAAUGAGACUUCCUUAACCAUCUAAACUGGAACAACCAUCUCAAUAACGGGUGAAAUAAGGCCAACUACUUUCAGAUUGGAUUAGUUAGAUGUUUUAUUUAUUUAUCUUUGUUUAGUAUAAGAUCAAUGAAUCAAUCAAGGUGCAUGCAGAAACAUAGGUCUAGAUAUUAAAACAAACUAUUCUAAAAAGCAACCGGCAACAAAGCAUGCUGGGAAAUAUGAUAAUGAGGACCCUCCCGUGUCUUCAAUCUGAGAGAGUUAACGGAAAUGAACUCAACACAGCCGAGUAACAACAACACCACACAGUGUUGAUUCCACUGUGAUUCAAGUAACUUCAUUUAUUCACUGCAGGUGUUUUUUAAUGUCAAUCCCACUGGUGUUAUUCCCACCAGAAUCAACACUCCGAUAUAACACUCACAAAACUUUUUACCUCAACACUGAGAUUUUAACACCCUCAAAUUUGCUGUGUAGUUAUCAUCUCCAUACAACAGCAACUUUUUCAAAGAUGCCAAUGUCUGUAAAAGCUGCGGGUCCAGUUUUCUCAGGCACCAAGAAACUUAGGUUUAACAGUACAUUACUGUAAACUUUAUAGUAAUGCUCUACAGUAAUGUACUGUUAAACCAAAGUUGCUUUGGAAUUUACGGUAACAUACUGUAAAAUUUGUUAAAGUAAUUUACAGGUAACUGGCUGCCAGUAAGUUAGCAUAAAAACAACAUUAUUAUUUUACAGUGUACUAUGUAGGACAAAUAGUAAUUUGUGCUUUAAUCAUAUAGCCAACACUGGAAAUAUACUUUAAAUAAGAUAUAGCAAGUGUUCUAUUUAAAAUAGGAAAGAAUUUCCCGGGAAUGUUGUUGGGAAAAGGAUGUUGUUUGAAAGACGCUAUUGUUGAGAGACAAUCCAUGGGCCUAAUGAUAUACACUAGCCCUGAUGCUUUGUAUGGAGUCAAAUAAGGAUGCACAAAAAUUAGUCAUGAAGUUGUUUUGUACAAGAGAACAAUUCUGUCACGUUUUGAUUAAAUAAAAUGAGUGCAUUGUGAAGUCCAAUAAUAGCCUAAUUGGUCUAUAUAGAGAGUUGUAUUUUUAUUUAUUCACUCAUUAUUUGUAAACAUCCCAUUUCCAAGUAUGUACAAAGACGUUUCACAGUAUGAUUUAGGCCUUUGACGAAAAUUGCCUAUAAAUUGAAAUAAAUCUUUGGGGAUUUCAUGUAAAAAGUUUUACUGUAAUCUUAAAACAGAUCAGACAUUUUAAGAUUAUCCUCACCAUUUUAAUGCAAAUAAUAAUGUAUGCAUAGACAGAAACAAAAUGUUUAUUUCAAUGUUUAUUUCACAAGUAGCCCAUGUAAUGUAGGCUAGGCAUGUUUUUUAAUUGUGUUAUGGAUGUACUGAAUACUUUGAAUGUUUCAACAUAUUUAUAACAUUUUCAAAAGCCUCAAGAGGGUAUCAAUAUUAAUCUCUUUAAACAAUCCAUGCUAUUUUAUGGCUAUGUGUAAAAACCAAGGCUCAAACUUAUCUCAUUGUAAAUGUGUACAUUUGAUUACUUUUUACCUUAUUUCAACAUAUGGUCUUGCUAUGGUCAAAUUGUACUGAUAUGUACUGAUCAAAAAUAUAAACACAACAUGCAACAAUUUCUAAGAUUUUACUGAGUUACAGUUUGUAUAAGGAAAUCGGUCAUUUGAAAUAAAUUCAUUAGGCCCUAAUCUAUGGAUUUCACAUGACUUGGCAGGGGUGCAGCCAUAGGUGGGCUUUGGAGAGCAUAGGCCCACCCACUUGCCAGCCAGGCCCACCCACCACCCAGGCCAGAUGAGGAAGGGCUGGCGUGGUUACACGGGGUCUGCAGUUGUGAGGCCGGUUGGACAUACUGCCAAAUUCUCUAAAGCAAUGUUAGUGGCAGCUUAUGGUAAAGAAAUUAACAUUAAAUUCUCUGGCAGCAGCUCUGGUGGACAUUCCUGUAGUGAGCAUGCCAAUUGCAUGCUCCCUCAAAACUUGAGACAUCUGUGGCAUUGUGUUGUGUGACAAAACUACACAUUUUAAAGUGGUCUUUUAUUCUCCCCGGCACAAGGUGCACCUGUGUAAUGAUCCUGCUGUUUAAUCAGCUUCUUGAUAUGUCACACCUGUCAGGUGGAUAGAUUAUAUUGGUAAAGGAGAAAUGCUCACUUACAGGGAUGUAAACAAAUGUGUGCACAACAUUUGAGAGAAAUAAGCUAUUUGUGUGUAUGGAACAUUUCUGGGAUUUUUUAUUUUUGAUUUCAUGAUGGUGUGUUAUUUAAUAACAGCAUCAGUAAUGAGGACAGUGAUAGUACGCAUGAUAACAAUAUAAUUCUACCAUUAUUGUUGUCAUAUCAUUUGUUGCUAUAAUAUUGUUGUAAUAUUGAUAAUUAAUAAUUACUAUUAUUAUUUCAAUACUAAUAAUAACAUUAUUAAUCCAAAAAUAUGUAUUUCUCUUGUUAUUGUAUGUACAGUGUACAUAUUGCAUGUCAUACAUUUCUUAAUCGUGUAAUGUUUGUUGAUGUCAAUCCUCAUUUCUUUUAGUCAGCAUGUGAUUGUGUGGAUAAAAAAAAAC